UCACAUUCUUUGAUACUUGAGUGCUAUUUGCAUUUACAAAGUGUUUCCUGUAUGUGACAAUUAGGAAAACAACGACUUUUUAUCGUAUAGUCAACAUAUCGAAAUUCUUAGUGUAGUACGAUACUUCAGCGUGCAGACGAUGCGCCUACUGUCAAUGGCUUGUGCCAGACCGUGUUACGCACACAUACGAAUUUGUUAUAGAUGUGAUUGUACCCACACCCAUGCAAAAUCUCAUAUCAUAAGAAGUAGGAGCACACUGUAGCGUGGCUCAGACCGUGCUUCACAGUAGCUGAGAGCAUCACGGAGCGAGCUAGUGACAUUCUGAUUACUUUCCAUUUUGUGUCCAAUCUUAUUAACUUACGUGGCGGGUAUUCGACGACUUAAACAACAUGUGCGGAAUAUUCGCGUAUGUCAACUAUUUAACGCCAAAGAGCAGAAAGGAAAUCCUCGAGUUACUGGUUGGUGGCUUAAAGAGAUUGGAGUAUCGAGGCUAUGAUUCGGCCGGUGUCGCCCUUGAUAGCGCCGAUGAGAAGAACACCUUGAUUAUUAAAAAACAGGGAAAGGUCAAGGCUCUCGAGGAGGAGAUAUUUUAUCGUACUAAUAUUGAUUUUGAAUCGAAGACCUACAGCCAUGUGGGUAUUGCCCAUACUCGUUGGGCGACUCAUGGUGUCCCAUCAGAAGUCAACUCGCACCCUCAAAGAUCAGAUAGAGAAGAUGCCUUCGUUGUAGUGCAUAAUGGUAUUGUGACAAACUACAAGGAAGUAAAGACAUUGCUUCAGCAAAGGGGCUACACCUUUGAGAGUGAAACCGACACGGAAGUAAUCGCCAAACUCAUCUAUCAUCUUUGGGAACAGCAACACGGUCUUUCGUUUCGCGAGUUGGUCGAGCAAGUUGUCCAACAAUUGGAAGGUGCAUUUGCUCUUUGCUUCAAGAGCAAAUAUUUUCGGGGUCAAUGCGUAGCGACGAGGAGAGGAUCGCCACUUCUCGUGGGUAUUAAAACAAAAACGAGAUUGGCUACCGACCAUGUACCCAUCCUGUAUGGAAAAGAUGAACCUCCACGCGUAAACAAAGAAGGUGAAACACCUACCAAAGAUCACCGCCCACAUGGCCGUAACCCAGAACUUCCGGUGAUACCACGCAGCGAGAGCACUUCCGAGUUCCAGCCUUUGGAGGACAAAGAAGUCGAAUAUUUCUUUGCUUCUGACGCCAGUGCUGUAAUCGAACACACGAAUCGCGUUAUAUUCCUGGAGGACGAUGACGUGGCAGUCGUGAAAAACGGUGCUCUCAGCAUUCAUAGACUUCGCCGAUGCAUGGACGACCCUCAUGCAAGAGAAAUUACCAUCCUGAAGAUGGAAAUCCAGCAGAUCAUGAAAGGCAAUUAUGAAUAUUUCAUGCAGAAGGAGAUCUUUGAACAGCCGGAAUCGGUGGUGAACACUAUGAGAGGACGUCUCAAUUUCCGAGAUAACUCUGUAACCCUAGGAGGUAUUAAGGAUUACAUUCCUGAGAUCAAGAGAUGUCGGCGUUUGAUGCUUAUUGGUUGUGGAACAAGCUAUCAUUCUGCUAUUGCUACCAGACAACUUUUAGAAGAGUUAACUGAACUGCCAGUUAUGGUCGAGCUGGCUUCUGAUUUCUUAGACAGAAACACACCAGUAUUCAGAGAUGAUGUUUGUUUCUUCAUUUCACAGUCAGGUGAAACAGCAGACACGCUAAUGGCUUUACGUUAUUGUAAAGGUCGUGGAGCCUUAAUUGUUGGUAUUACUAAUACUGUAGGUAGUAGCAUUUGUCGUGAAUCACACUGUGGUGUUCACAUCAAUGCUGGUCCUGAGAUUGGUGUUGCCAGUACAAAGGCUUAUACCUCUCAGUUCAUUUCUCUUGUAAUGUUUGCUUUAGUCAUGAGUGAGGACAGAAUCUCCCUUGGUAAUAGGCGUCAGGAGAUUAUUGAAGGAUUGAAGAAUUUGGAUAAUCUCAUUCGACAUGUUCUUCAACUUGAUGAGAAAGUUAAGGAAUUAGCUAAGUCUCUGUUUCAACACAAGUCUUUGUUAAUCAUGGGUAGGGGAUACAAUUUUGCUACGUGUAUGGAGGGAGCUUUGAAAGUUAAAGAAUUGACGUAUAUGCAUAGUGAAGGUAUCAUGGCAGGUGAACUGAAACAUGGUCCAUUGGCGCUUGUAGAUGAUUCAAUGCCCGUGAUAAUGAUCGUUAUGAGGGACCCGGUUUACGUGAAAUGCAUGAAUGCUCUACAACAAGUUACAGCACGAGGUGGUAAGCCGAUCGUUAUCUGCGAAGAAGAAGAUGAAGAAACGAAAAUGUUUGCAGAUAAAGUUCUCGAAGUGCCUAAAACAGUGGAUUGCCUCCAAGGAAUUCUUACAGUUAUUCCAAUGCAACUUCUAUCUUUCCAUAUUGCGGUUCUUCGCGGGUGUAAUGUCGAUUGUCCGAGAAAUCUGGCAAAAUCGGUCACGGUCGAAUAAAAAGAUAAUUACAAAC